AUGGAAUGUUUACGAUUUGGAAAAUACAGCAGGCAAAUGCAAGACAAUGCCAUCCAGACCACCAGAACUCAUCCUGCUUUCAUCCCGGUAACCAGGCUGAAGUGUUCAAAUGGCAAAAUUGAACUGAGCCAGCCCGCUCUCUCAUAUGAACACAUCAAAAAUUGUACAAAGGACUUUAAAACUAAUAGAGGUAAGGCGAGAUCUCGGGAACCGGGCCAGCCUGGUCAACCGGGCUUAUGUAAAGAGACUCACAGUUUGGUGUCAGCUUACAUGAAGUCAUUUACAAACGAUCAAAUAUUGCCGCCCUUAUUCGCCUUUAAUACCUGUUUUACAAGCAACUAAGUGUUCUCAAACACUUCAAGAAUCACCCUCUAUUUCAAGGAGAUUGAGCAAUGCUAUUUAAAGGGUCAAACACUUUUAAAAACUAACCUUAAACCUCGCUGAAACCUAAAUUCUGGCUGUUCAUCACUUUUCCCGCGAAAUCUUUCCCGGCGUUCACUUUGCGCUGUUACAGAUUGAAAGCAUCAGUGGAUUUUAUUGGCUACAUUUCACGAACAUUCAACCAAUGGAAAAGCUUCUUAUGUCAAACCAAGUUUGAGCCGUCAUUCUGUCAUUUAUUUUCCAGCGGAUCUAAAGCUGGUCACGCGCAGAACCUGUUAGAAGGCCCAUGUUGAUUUUCACCACCACUCAGCCGCUACUCUUCGCCGAAGUGAAUUUUGCGCUAAGCUGCGAGCUUGACAGACACAUCUAGGAUCUGUUUUUCUUCGGUAAGGACCAAAGAGAUGCAAGUAUUUAUUUUACUGUUUCUAGAUUUUUUGGGUCCUAGCACGUCGAUAAUCACUUCUCCACCUCGCUUAUUUUAACGAUCAAAGGGUGAAAUUGUUUUUAUAUUGCAUUGAGGUUUAUGACAUCUCCUUCCUCAGUUAACCUUUGCUGCCGACUUUCAUUGUACACACACUGCCUUCUUGGCCAGUGAAUUUUGUUAUUUAUGUCAUUUAUGAUCCUUUUUACGUUUUGCAUACAUUCGUAGCCGGCAGACUUCAUAGUCUUAAAGCAAACCUAUCCAGAAAGAUGAGCAGUUCCGAAGAAGUGUCAUGGAUUUCUUGGUUUUGUGGUCUGCGUGGCAAUGAGUUUUUUUGCGAGGUAAAUGCCGCUCUAAUCGCGUUCUUUGAAAUAUAUUUGUAGUUUUUUCACUAGAGAAAGAGCUUUGGUAGACGUCACAUGUUAAAAGUAUUUUUGGAAGGAACUUAAUUUAUUUAAUGGUGGCCCGAAAACUCACAGCUGCUGUGUUUUAAUUCCUCUCUGUUCCUGCAUUGUCCAGAUGGUUCUAGUUCCUUCUAUGAUCAGCAAGUUAAUUUGAUCAUUCUAUGUAUUAUACUUGAGCCAAAAAGCUAUUUGUCUUCCCAAAUUGCUUUUUGUGACUAAUAACGCUGAUAUGAUAUGCAAAGACAUGUUAGAUCGAGAUGGCAAAGUUUUUGUUAUUUUAUUAUUGUUUUAUUGUUUUAUUUUGCCAUACAAACAAAAUAUGCAUAUAAAACUUAAAAAUGAUGAGGCAAGGGAGCCCAAGGAAGCCUGGCUUUUGAAUAGGACCACCUUUAAAUUUUAUCUAGUUAACAUUUAACUCUUAGUACACACAAUUUCUCUGGAACAUAGAAAAUAAUCAUUAAAUAGGAUAAAAAUAGAAAAGGCUGAAUGUGUAAGUGCAAAAACAAAAAAGAAAAGGUGAGAGAAAAUAAAUAAAUAGAAAAACAAAAGAAACAAAAAACUACACACAAGUAUUAAGAGAAGUUACUGAAGUGUACUUGUACUAAGAAAAAAUGACUUAAGUUUAAAAUUGAACAAAGCAAUACUAGAGGCAUUCUGAAUUUCAAAGCUAAGGGACUUAUAUAUUUUGGGCCCUUGAGUAGAAGUGAAAAUUUCCUUACAUUUGUCUGCAGUGGGGCAGUUAAUGAAUUCUUACUUCUAGUGUCAGAUGAAUGUACAUCACAGUUAAGCAAAAACAUGUUAUUGAAACUUAGUGUUCUCCUUAAAUUUUAGCUCAGGGAUCAUUUUUGACCGGUAAGGCCAAAAACAUGCGUCAGAGGCACACUCUCCUGGCAAGGGAGCUUCGUGUUCUUAAAGGCUUUUAUUUUCGAGAAUUCUGUCAACCAAUUGACCGAAAAGUAUUUUAAACACCUCAAAACAAAGAAUUUUAUGAUUGAAAGCUCGUGCCUUUGUUGCAAGGGUCAAUUUAGUAACAUAAGUUCCAGAAGUCACAAACUUUUCCUGCUGGUCGAGAAGUCUAGAAUUGGGACAGACGCCCACGAAAAAAUUGUUAGCCUACAGUGCUUCGAAAGAAACCAAUCAGUAGUCAGAGAGAAUAGCUGUGAAUACUUUUUGUUUUUCCAUAUUUACUUUCUUUUCUUGUUAGGAUCGGCUUGGAUCACAACUUGCGUAGUUUUCAAAACAACUUAUUUAAUUUUAGUAAAAACUUCAAGUGGUUGCAGGCGGUAAAAAGUGUUGAUUCAAGCGGUAAAGUUUACUGGUUACCGCCUGAUAAGGAGAACACUGGAAACUAUUAGGAAGAAGGCCAUUUUUAUAGAAAUACAUACUAAGUUUUUGAAUAGAGCGCAUGCCUAAUUCCAAAAAUGUUUGUGUGUUCCCAUGGCUGGGCAUUUGUCAUUAAAGAUCUACCCUGGGUUGGAGAAUAAGUCACUGCUACUUUAAAAUAGCAAGACAGUAUGGCACAUUAACAUGUGAGUUCCUAUUACACAUGCAUAGAUUAGGGACAUUAAUUGAUCAUUCACAAUUUGGCUUUUUGCAUAAAAUUACAACUCAAAUUUGAUUUCAGGUUAAUUUUGAUUUAACUUAGGUUUAUUCCCAAUAAUUAAUUUUUUUGUCUUGGAGUCAUAGGAAGUGUUUGGCUUAUGUGUGUUGUAUGAUUUGUGUUAAAAGGUUGAUGAAGACUACAUUCAAGACAAGUUUAAUUUAACUGGAUUAAAUGAGCAAGUGCCUCAUUACAGGCAGGCGUUGGAUAUGAUACUAGAUAUGGAGCCAGGUGGGUUUCCAGGUGUUUGUGUAGUUACCAUUCACAUACAGUGUAAGUGUGUAAGCGUCACGUUUUGCAGCCUUAAUUACAAAUUAAUUUUUGUGCCAUCCAAAUAGUUCAGUAAUAAUACCCUCAUGCCUUGCUGUGCAUGGCAAAUAUGAGGGCAUAAAUAACACUUACUUUACAGUUUUGACUUAGAAGACUAUCCAAUAAAAUUAAGGAAGAUCCUCGAAAGAUAUACUUGUUCCUUGGGCAAAGAUUAUAAAAGUUUUAAAAUGAUUAAGACCACAAACUGUCAAUUAUUAGACGAGCUGGAAUGGGAUUGUAAAGCAGACUCUAAGUGGACAGGAGGUCUGAGCUUUUUGAAAACAAAUCAAAGAGGCUCUCUGCCUUGCAUUCUCUCCUCUUUUUGUUCUCAAUUCUCCAUUUUGCUUUGGUCCCCGAUCUGAACACUUGGAACAGUUUAGGACUUGUCUCUAUUUCAUUUGAUACAAAUACUAUGGUAAUGAUAGAGAUGUGAUGGUAAAUUUUGAGCCUGGUGAAAACCUGAGAAAGAUGAUUUUUCGGUCAAAGAAACAGGCGGCUUUAACCUAGUUUGAUGGCCUUAGCUCCCACCAGUCUCCUGUAACUUUGUGGUAGAGCAUCUGGACUAGUAACUAGAAGGUCACAGGUUAAAUUCCUAUUAGGAGUACUCUGAUUGUUUCUUCCAAGCCACCUGCAUCAUUAACUGAAAAAUCAUCAUUUUAUUAUUAUUGUAGUACUGUUUGAAAAAGAAUAGAAGUGUAACAUUUUGAAGAAUAAGGAAAACAAACACACAACGGUUUGAGAGCUUCAACACUUUGUAAAAUCUAAUUUGUUUUUGUUUACCCUAGGCUUGAAACAAAAAUUGCAUCAGAUAAAGUGAAGGUGUUUAAGCUGCUGGCUAGGUGGAACAGGGUUAGCUUGACUUUUGUAUUAAUGGCUGUGCUUUUUUCAUUGUAGAUGAUGAACUGGAGGAUAAUCCUAACCAGAGUGACUUGAUAGAACAAGCAGCUGAAAUGUUGUAUGGUUUGAUUCAUGCGAGAUACAUAUUAACCAACAGAGGCCUUGCUCAAAUGGUUAGUGUUUUGUUACCAGUGUCAUAAAUAAACCUCCCUGCAAGCAUUUCUUUGGUACUAAAAAGUAACAGGGUUGUCAAGAUUUCAAGUUGCCGGGUAAAUACAACAAGUAGGUGGGGAAUCAAAUGGCUUGGGAUUUCUUUUGGUUCUAUUUUUCUUCUAUUUUCUAAUAAAAGUAGCCGGGGGCCACUCUCUUAGUAGCCAGGGAAAAUCCCUGGCCCCCAGCUCUUAAUGACAACCCUGAAGUAAUAACAAUUAUUACUUUUUAUUGGCCAAUAAUGAUUGAUCUCCUUUUUAGCAGCCACCCUUUAUGAAAAAAAUUGACCAAAAGUUAAUUUUAUUUAGAAAACCCAUAGUUGCAUUCUAUUUGAAACAAUAUCAGCAAAGUUCUCUGUAUUUUGGACUUGCCUUUGUCUUUACAUGUAUUUUCACUGCCAUUGUUUUUCAGAUGACCCUCUAGUUUGUAGCCUGUUAACGCCUCCCUCAAGGUGGCUGCUCAAGACAGUUUCCACUGUUUUCAACAUUAAAUUAUUUACUCGUACGUUUCUUUUUCAGCUUGAAAAGUACCAGAAUGGUGAUUUUGGUCAUUGUUGUCGAGUUUACUGCGAGAAUCAGGCAGUCUUGCCCAUUGGUAAGUUGAAAAAAAAUGAAGAAGGCUACAGAUGUACAAUGACUUUAUAAAUCAUUUGGAACUCUAUGAUUUAUGUACAAUGCAGGGUUCUCAUUAAGUUUUAAAUUAGACAGUUAGGAUGUAAAAGUAGCCAGCUUGGCAAUAAAGUGCUGUAGGCAAUUUCAGGCUUCACUCCCUCACUGAUCCAUUUCCACCCAAUAGUAGACUGUUCAGACCUCAUAAUAGCUGGUUUUUUAGCUGGGUACAAGCACUUAUUGAGAACCCAGACAAUGUAAUGGUAUCAUGUUAAAGGGACUGUGUCACUGCAGUCCAGUUCAUUUUGUUUAAUUUUGCAAAUUACUUGCCCUCAAUCACUAUGGAACUGAAAGUAAGCAAAGAAAUUACAUGUAAAUGACAAAAUCAGGAAUCCAAGACAAACAGAUAUGUCUCCUGAGCAUUAUUUUUGAAGUUGCAAGCAGCAGGGAUCAACUUUGAAAAACUGUUGGGCUGAGCAGUUUUCAAAAACCCUAAUUUCAGUCUGUUUCAGUCUUCUUCAGUUUUGCCCAUCCGUGGCAUCUGUUGUUUCUGUUAUGUUAUUUUAACCUUCCUUUAAAGUUUUAAGCGGUUAUUUUUAUGUUUCUCUUAAUUGAAUGGGUAUUUUAUAAUUUCCUAAUUUGACUGAAUUUCGUGACACAGCUCCUUUAAGUUUUAAAUUAGACAGUUAGGAUGUAAAAGUAGGCAGCUUGGCAAUCAAGUGCUGUAGGCAAUUUCAGGUUUUCACUCCCCCACUGACCCAUUUCCCCCCAAUAAUAGACUGUUCAGACCUCAAAAUAGCUGGUUUUUUAACCAGUGACCAGCACUUAUUGAGAACCCAGACAAUGUAAUGGUAUCAUGUUAAUCGUUGUAUUAGGGUUGUCUGAUGUACCUGGAGAAGCCAUGGUAAAGCUUUACUGUCCAAAAUGCAUGGAUGUUUACACACCUAAGUCCUCAAGGCAUCACCAUACAGAUGGUGCAUAUUUCGGUACAGGAUUCCCACACAUGUUGUUUAUGGUUCACCCAGAAUACAGACCCAAGAGGCCUGCCAACCAGUUUGUACCAAGGUACAGUAUUAUUGCCUUAUAUUAGUUGACUGCAUUUCAACACUUGAGCAAAAAAGUAAUGGUUAUCAAAUGGUGCUUUUAUGUACUGUAAGUGAUCUAAUAGAUGUCCGGGGUGUCUGUUUGAUUUUGGAAGCCCAAGCAGGGGUGUUAAAUAGAUAGGAGGUGUUUAAAAGAGAGAGGCGUUUAUUCUCAUAACAAACUCCACAAAACUAAUUAUGAAUUUGGUGAAUAUAUCACCACAGUCUAUAAAUAGCAGUCUAUAGUGGCUCCAUCCACGUAUACCAUUUAAAUCAAUGUCGGUUGAACAAGAUGUACUUGUAACGUGCAAACUCUUGUUUUAAUAAUCCAACAGGAAAUUGAAUAAACUGAAUGAUUUUGCUAUUUUUUUUGCUAACCUAUUUCGUAGCAUUUUGGAGUAACUGUCAUGCGGGGCAUUUAUUAGACAGGGGGCAUUAGAGAGAGGGGCUUGUAAUACAACAAACUUGUAGGUCAUUUAUUAGACAAGAGACCAGGGUGUCUGUUUCAGAGAGAGUGUCUGUUGGGUCAUCUACAUGGUAUUGAACUGAAAUGACCAAGUCCACUGCCACUGUCACUGCUGUUUUUGGUUUUUGUAGUACCAUAGUUAAAUAACUCAAAAGACACCCUUAAGAAUGAUGCUUCAUGGGCAGGUAGAGAAAAAACUUGAGUUGUUCUGCAACUAAGCCACCAUAGUUAAGAUCUGCUUAUCAUGAACUGUUUUACAGUACCAUGGUCGAUUUAAAAUCUAGACCUGAAACUUAAACUGAACUGCCAGUGCUAUUUCUUGGUUUACAGAUUAUUUGGAUUCAAAAUUCAUCCUAUGGCCUAUCAGAUCCAGUUACAAGCGGCAGCCCAGAGGGGGAGGUCUGCAUCUGCCCGCCCACGAUCAACCAAGCCACACUAUAAAUAA